UGCGACCUACUUCUUUACAAUCACUCGACAAUUGCAACAAGGAUGUCAUCGCCCCUGCUUCAGCCGCGGCAGCGACCGAGCAGCGGUGCGAUCCUGCAAGGCGACUUCCGCGUGGAAGUAAUGGGCAGCCAGGAGUCUCUCGAUCUGGACUGCGGCAAGUUCUACACGGAAUAUAUUUUGCGCUGCUCGUGGAUUGAGCAAAAUGGAACUCCAGAGAUUUGGGACGUCGUCCGCCGCUAUCGCGAGUUUUGUGCGAUUGACAUAUUGCUACGUGAGAAGUAUCCAUCGCGGGCGCCGAUGUUCCCGUAUCUGCCAAGCAAGAAGUACAUCGGCUCGUCACUGUCGGCAGACUUUGUGGACAAGCGGCAGCGCGACCUCGGGUACUACAUGAUGUCCAUUCUACACAGCUGCCCAUUGGUACGGACAAACUCUUAACUUGUAUGCUGCGUCUGUUGAUCCCCGCAAUAACUGAUCUAAUCCUUCGCUGCUGGUAGCUUGUCCAAGACGAGAUCAUCGAUUCGUUCCUGGACAUCAAGCGGCACAUUCUGGAGCGUGCACGCGACGAAAGCAGCGAGAGGCGUUCAGCUUCCACCCCCACACACACGACAACGAGCAGCAAUGGAGGCUUGAGCCCCAUGCGGCUCCAACUUUAGUUCAAAGUCAAUCUCAAAAUAAACAACCAUCGAUCGAUCUCAGUCUAUUCUCAGU